CCGAGGACUGGGAGCAGAGCGCACGUCCAGCCCACAGCAUUCUCCGGGGCUCGGUACUGAAAAGCGGUGUUUGGUUAUUUCCCGCUCCGGGUGACACUAAAGUUCUGGGCUGGAUCUCUAGCUCCACAACUCCUUAGAGCCAAGAGCUUCUGCCCGAAGGCGCGCUCCCUUUUCUGUGCAAAGUCCACCGAAGCAGCUCCCUCCCCUAAGGUCAACAGGCGUCAUUUGUGUAGGAGGGGGGACGUGUCAGGCUUGGCCCACUGAGACUGAGCUGGACACCUUAUUAGCGAAAUCGCCUGCACUUGCUAGUGCUGGUUUUGCCGACUAUCCGCACCAUCCGCGCCGCUGCCGCCAUGGGUUUGGAGCUCUACCUCGACCUCCUGUCGCAACCCUGCCGUGCCGUCUACAUCUUCGCCAAGAAGAACGGCAUCCCCUUCCAGCUGAACGCCGUGGAUUUACUCAAAGGGCAACACGUGAGCGAGCAAUUCUUGCAGUUGAACUGCCAGCGGAAAGUUCCUGUCCUCAAAGACGGAAAUUUCGUGUUGACCGAAAGCUCAGCCAUCCUGAUGUACCUGAGUUCCAAGUACCAGGUGGCGGACCACUGGUACCCAGCUGACCUGCAAGCCCGUGCCCGCGUCCAUGAGUAUCUAGGCUGGCAUGCUGAUAACGUCCGUGGCAUCUUUGGAGUGCCCCUGUGGACCAAGGUGUUGGGGCCACUCAUUGGGACCCAGAUCCCAGAGGAGAAAGUGGAACGGAACCGAAAGAAUAUGUUCGAGUCUCUGCAGCGUCUGGAGGAAAAGUUCUUUGGGAAUGGGACCUUCCUUGCUGGCCAUCAGGUGACGCUGGCUGAUCUCAUGUGUCUGGAGGAGCUGAUGCAGCCGGUGGCUCUUGGCUAUAAUCUGUUUGAGGGACGGCCACAACUGAUAGCAUGGCGAGUGCGGGUGGAGGAGUUCUUGGGUGCCGAUCUGUGUCAGCAGGCCCUUGGCCGCAUCCUGAGCAUCCGGAAACAGGCAGCCAAAAACGCACUACCUGUACCCUAUCCAGAGGUCCAGUCCAGAAUGAUGCUUCGAAUUGCUAGGAUUCCCUGAGUUCUAACUAGCAAUAAAGCUUCAUGUGG